UUCACACUCUAUCCUUUCAAGAUAAGAAGAUCCUCAAUACAUCAACUUAUUUUCAUUUCUUACCAACUAAUCAUCAAAUCAGAGAGAGCAGCCUCCCAUGGCUUCCGCCUGUGCUUCCUCCGCCAUUGCAUCUGCUGCCAUCUCUACACCAAGCUCCCAGAAGAAUGGAUCAAGCUUGGGAACCCCAAAAGCUUCUUUUCUUAGUGGGAGGAAAUUGAGGAUGAACAAAUACACAACAGCAGUUGGAGGACGAUCCAGCACUACAGUGUGUGCAGUAGCUGACCCUGACAGGCCUCUCUGGUUCCCAGGCAGCACCCCUCCUCCAUGGCUUGAUGGCACUCUCCCUGGAGACUUUGGCUUUGACCCUCUUGGCCUUGGAUCUGAUCCGGAGAGUCUGAGAUGGAAUGUUCAAGCAGAGCUAGUGCACUGCAGAUGGGCAAUGUUGGGGGCUGCAGGGAUUUUCAUUCCAGAAUUCCUAACAAAGAUAGGCAUCUUGAACACCCCCUCAUGGUACACAGCUGGAGAACUUGAGUACUUCACAGACACCACAACCCUCUUCGUAGUUGAGCUCUUUUUCAUUGGGUGGGCCGAGGGCAGAAGAUGGGCCGACAUAAUAAAGCCCGGGUGUGUGAACACUGACCCCAUCUUUCCCAACAACAAGCUCACAGGAACCGAUGUUGGGUACCCAGGUGGGCUUUGGUUUGACCCACUCGGAUGGGGAAGUGGUUCUCCCGAGAAGAUAAAGGAGUUGAGAACUAAGGAGAUAAAGAAUGGGAGAUUGGCCAUGUUGGCUGUGAUGGGUGCUUGGUUCCAGCACAUAUACACCGGCACUGGUCCUAUUGACAACCUCUUUGCCCACCUUGCUGAUCCUGGCCAUGCUACCAUUUUUGCUGCCUUCACCCCCAAGUGACCUUGCCUGCGUGGGAGAACAUGUUUAAUUUGACCCAAGUAAUAGAUCAGCUCAAAUGUCUUUAUGUCUCUAGAAAUCUUGUAUUAUGCAUGCUUAUUAUUACUUCUAUGUCAUAUAUGCACAGAACCAUAAUCCAACUUGCCGACACCUAAUUAAGUUUUAGAUGUGCCAUGAAUGUAAGUUCAGGUAAUAAUCACGUUUGUGGAUGACGUCGAGUAUAUUUCAUCUUUCACGGCAUAAUCUCACAAAAAUGGUCAUGUUUAAUUUCUUUAUUA